UCUCUUUUACUCUUCAACCAGUGUCACUAGAUAAUUGUUCCUAAAACCUGGAUAGGUAUUUUCUUUAAUACCAAUUCAAUUCCCACUUAAUAUCUCCGGUUUUUUUCUUCGGUCUCUUUCCACUUUAGCCCAGCUAGAACACGCCACCACCACCAAUUCAUCUAUCUACCUAGAGGAUCUACGCCAUACUAUUUGGUAUUGCGCUUUCUCAUCCUCGAGUUGAAAGUGUGCCAGCGUGUUCCGUCGAAUCAAACUGAUGCUACUAGAUAUUUGAAGUUGGCAAGGUGAUAUGUGUUAUGGACGACGCGACGCUAAGACGUCAGAGCUUCUACAUAGUAACUGGCACUAGGACUUUGUCCUCCACGAUACCUUUCGCCCGGUACAUGUAACUAUGUCGAUACCUAUUUCGAGACAUAGUGGCCAUCAUUUGUUCAAGAUAAUUAAUCGGCCAAGACCAGCUCUCCGGUGCUUUCAGAACCUCGGGAUACAACAAGCUAAUUAUCCAUUUGAGCUCCACGCUGUCUUUCGGUCUUUUAGAGCUGCAUCUUCCAAGGCUAUACCCAAAACCCUACCUAAUCACCCUCGUUUACGUCCUCUUCCUAUUCUUGCCGCAGGUGGCGGGCUACUCACUGUAUUCUUCGCUAUACUCCAGCCUGUAACCCACGAUCCUUUCGAAACUCCCGAAGAUACAGACCCUACGUCACCUAGUUCAACAUCAAACGAUAGUAGCGAUGAUGGCUUCCCACGUUACCGGCUUGCUGAGGUUAAAGAACACGGUCCAAAGUCCGAAAGGCCUUGGGUAAUAUACGAAGACAAGGUAUACGAUAUUACAGAUUGGGUUCCUGCCCACCCCGGUGGAGAUGUUAUUCUCCGUGCUGCUGGUGGUAGCAUUGAGCCAUAUUGGAAUAUAUUUUCCAUCCAUAAAUCACCCUACGUUCGGGAAAUCCUCGACCAGUAUAUCGUUGGAAAAGUUCAUCCAGAUGACUUGGAGAACGGACGACCGUUGCAAGACUAUAUUGAAGACCCAUUUAAGACGGAUCCAGUCCGAGAUGCGAGACUAAAGCAGUUGACAGAGAAGCCUUGCAAUGCGGAGACACCCGGCGUGGAAUUAGCCAAGUCGUUCUUGACACCCAACGAGACAUUCUACGUCCGUAACCACAUGUGGGUUCCUGUCGUGGAAGAGGACGAGGCGGAAGAUCAUAAUAUCAUGGUCGAGCUACCGGACGGGGAUAGCAAAGUAUACAGCAUCAGGGAUCUCAAAACUCGCUUCAAGCAGUACGCCGUCACAGCUGUUUUACAAUGCUCGGGAAAUAGACGAAGUGACAUGACACGCUACGCGAAGAAGACGAAUGGCCUACAAUGGACAGUGGGAGCUAUCAGCUGUGCUAAAUGGGAAGGCGUGCGACUACGAGACGUACUUGCCGAUGCUGGUCUGUCACUAGAAGAGCCGGGAGAGGAUGCGCAGCAUAUUCAGUUUUCUGGGCUUGAAGCAUACGGUGCCAGCAUACCUAUUGCCUCUAUUCUCGACCCUAUGGGAGAUGUAUUGCUAGCAUUUAAGAUGAACGAUGCGCCUCUGCCUCGCGAUCAUGGAUUUCCGGUCAGAGUGAUCGUGCCUGGCCAUGUAGCUGCGAGGUGCGUGAAGUGGGUGAACAAGAUCGUGGUCAGCGAUGAGGAGAGCAACACAACAUGGCAACGUCGGGAUUAUAAAUGCUUUGGGCCAAACGAAGUCAAACAAGACUGGGAAAAAUACAAGGCUAUCCAGGUGAUGCCUAUCACCAGCGCCAUCACACGUACCAUGAUAAAACCCGCAAACAUACAGAGGAGCGAUAAUAGUAGUGGGGACACAUCAGCCAGUAGCCCCGUAGUCCAGGUUGAAGGUUACGCUUAUUCGGGUGGUGGACGCGAGAUACAGCGCGUUGAUAUUAGUCUCGAUGGUGGUGAGACUUGGGACCAAGCACAACUUGUUGACGACACCCAGCUUGAAAGGGGCAAUAAGGCUUGGUGUUGGAAGAGGUGGAAGUACGAGGCUCAAUUACCCACGAGUAUGAGAGGCCAAAAUGGCGAAUCUAAAACUACACUUCUCGUCAAAGCCACGGACGACACAUAUAACACGCAGCCCCAGACCCAUAACAGCAUUUACAACCUGAGAGGUAACCUGGCGACUGCUUGGCACCGAGUUGAUUUAGACUACAGUUCAAGCAUAAAAGAUAGAAAUGACAGGAACGACCAGGCGAAGGAUUAAUUAGCGUUUUACGUCAAGGAGAAGCGAUAUAGAUAAAAGGUAAUGACUGCUUAUAUAUGCAUAAGCCUUAGUAUCAAGGUUUCGUCGGGUAAUUGAACAAAAAUGAUUUAAUAAAUUAAUAAAAUACAUAUCUUAGGUACCUAAGUACGAUAAGAUGGACUUCCCCCUUUUUCAUGGAUGCA